AUGUUUAGAGCCGUUUCUGCGCAAUCUUUAGGGAACAUACCACCAAAGGAAUCAAUUAUUAUGAUACAUGAAUGCAUCAAUAAUAUUAAAUCUCAAAAUGAUGCAAAUUUAUUGAAAAAAUAUAUCAAUGAUCAAUUUAUUCAAAUUACAAAUGCCAUAUAUCAUUAUUAUGCAAAGAAAGAUUACGAGAGUUGCUUACAAUUAUGCGAAUUUCUUAUCAAUACUAAAGAUUUUUCCAUUACUCAAGAUUAUCGAACAAAUUUAGUUACAAUCCUUUACAUUGAUGGAUGCACUAAACUAAAUUUGAAAGAUUAUCAAGCUUCCUACAGUUCUUCCAUUCGCUGCGAGAGUAAUACAGAAAAUCACGAUUUUAUAGCUUUAUCACGACUUGCUAGAUCAUAUUGUUUAGUUUGCCAGAAUAGAGCUGAACAAUCUCUUGUUAUUUCAACUCCUUUGAUUUCUAUUCCCGAAAUUCGUUAUCAAUCAAAGGAUCUCGCUGCUCUUGCCACUAUUCUAUCAGGCAAGAUAGAUCAGGCAAGAACCAUACUUGAACAGCAAAUAAAUGACAAUUUCGUAUUAAAUAUUACUCAUACAGCGGAUAUUAACUUACCAAAGCCUUCAGAAACCAAUAAAAAGAGCAAAUCAUUGCUAGAGCUAGAGCUAGCUGCAUUGCGUCCUUCUCAAUUUUCUGUUUGA